AUGUCCAAAAUUGCUCAAACUGCGAAGACUGCGUCGACCUUACUGAGGUCCUCUAUUGGCAAAAACAUUAGAACUGCAUCUUCCGGCGCUGGUCCAGCGACUAUGACUGUUAGAGACGCUUUGAACAGUGCCAUGCAAGAGGAACUGGACAGAGAUCCAGAUGUGUUUUUGAUGGGUGAGGAAGUUGCUCAGUAUAAUGGUGCCUACAAAAUUUCCAGAGGGCUCCUAGAUAAGUUCGGCCCAAAAAGAAUUGUGGACACUCCUAUUACUGAGAUGGGUUUCACCGGAUUGUGUGUUGGUGCGGCAUUGUCCGGCCUUAAACCAAUCUGUGAGUUUAUGACUUUCAACUUUGCCAUGCAAUCCAUUGAUCAAAUCAUCAAUUCUGCAGCAAAGACUUACUACAUGUCUGGUGGUAAACAGCCAUGUAACAUCACCUUUAGAGGUCCAAACGGUGCUGCUGCAGGUGUUGCUGCUCAGCAUUCUCAAGAUUACUCCGCUUGGUACGGAUCCAUUCCAGGUCUGAAGGUCAUUUCUCCAUACUCCUCGGAAGACUGCAAGGGUCUUUUGAAAGCAGCUAUCAGAGACCCUAACCCAGUCGUCUUUUUGGAAAACGAACUAUUGUAUGGUGAAUCUUUCCCAAUAUCCGAAGAGGCUGCGUCUCCUGACUUCGUUCUACCAAUCGGCAAGGCCAAGAUUGAGCUCGAAGGUUCGGACGUUACUAUCAUUUCGCAUUCUAGAAACCUGACUUUCUGCCUUGAGGCAGCCAAGGUGGUGAAGGAGAAAUACGGUGUUUCCGCUGAAGUUUUGAAUCUCAGAUCCAUCAAACCGCUGGACGUCCCAGCUAUCAUUGAAUCCAUCAAGAAGACCAAUCACGCUAUCACUGUUGAGGCCGGUUUCCCUGCUUUCGGUGUUGGUUCGGAAAUCUGUGCUCAAGUGAUGGAAUCUGAAGGUUUUGACUACCUCGAUGCCCCAAUUGAAAGAAUCACGGGAUGUGAAGUUCCAACUCCUUAUGCCAAAGAAUUGGAAGAUUUCGCUUUCCCAGAUACUCCAACCGUUGUGAGAGGUAUCGAAAAGGUUCUCUCUUUGGGUGAGUUUGCUUAG